AUGACCUUGUGCACACAAAGCUCACAUGGGUCUUCCCAUCCCUCGCCGUUAGAUGGAGACUCAAUCGACGGGCAAAGAAGCUCACAACCCCUUGGCACCGAAGAUUUCCCCGAAGGUGGUUUGAAGGGGUGGCUCUGUGUUUUUGGCAGUUUCAUGGGUUUUUUCGGUAGUUUUGGAUUGGUAAAUUCCAUGGGCGUACUCGAGGCUUACCUGUCUACCCAUCAGUUGUCUGAUUAUGCAGCUGGCCAAACGGGCUGGAUCUUUGGUGUGCUUCCUUUUUUGACACUUUUCUUCGGUGCCCAAGUUGGCCCGGUAUUUGAUGCCAAAGGUCCAAAAGUCCUACUCCUUGCUGGGUCGACUUUGAUCAUGAUGAUGAUGAUCAGUAUUGGGUUUUGUUCGACCUAUUGGCAAUUUAUGCUCUCCAUCGGUGUCUGCGGUGGUACAGGUAUAUCAUUGGUGUUCACGCCCACUCUCUCGGCAGUCAGCCACUUCUUUUUCGCGCGCCGCGGGAUGGCCACAGGAAUUGCUGCAUCAGGAGGUGGAGUUGGAGGCGUAUGUUUCACUUUGAUGUAUUCAAGCCUUGUGCCUCGAAUCGGGUUUCCUUGGGCUACACGGGCAGUCGCCCUCCUUUGCUUGGUGUCGUUGAUACUGGCCAACCUUCUCGUAUCGUCGCGUCUACCAAGAAAGUCGUCCAAGUUGAAAGUCUUCUUACCCGACUUUCGGAUUUUCUCUGAUAAGAGAUAUUUUGUGAUGACUAUCGCUUGUUUCUUCAUUGAAUGGGGUCUUUUCAUCCCCAUCAGCUAUCUGAUUUCAUAUACCUUGCGCCAAGGGUCAUCAACCACCUUUUCAUACCAAGUGCUAGCAAUUCUCAAUGCUGGUUCAUGUGUUGGAAGGUGGGUCCCAGGAUAUGUAUCAGACCGCAUGGGCCGAAUGAACACUCUCAUCGUGACAGUGUUCCUUUGUAUAAUCUCCAAUGCUUGCUUGUGGUUGCCAGCUGGAUCAAGCACGGCAUUGAUCGUCAUAUACGCCGCCAUAUUUGGGUUUGCGAGUGGUGGGAACAUCAGCCUUGUUCCUGUAUGCAUUGGACAGCUGUGUGAUACCAAGAACUACGGGCGUUAUUUUGCAACAUCUUAUACCAUUGUGAGCCUGAGUGUUCUGACGGGUGUUCCUAUCGCUGGUCAGCUGGUGUCUACUUGCAACGGGGAGUACUGGGGGCUUAUUGUCUUCACGACAUGUUGCUACAGUGCGGGUCUUCUGUGCACGAUUUGGGUUAAGAUAAUGUGCUGCGGCUGGUCGAACCUCUUCUCGGUUUUCUGA